CCCGAACGUCCAACUUUUCCGACGAAAUGGUUCCGUCACCGGGUGGAUGAGUGGAGCAGUGAAGUGCAGCUUGUACUUGCCCCAUUCAAUCAACCAGGUCGCUUCUUUGCUUUGCCUGGAGUGCAAGCUGCAAGUAUCCCUACCGUGCCGUACAGUACUCUUGAGUCCAUGGCAUCACGUCAGCCAAUUCUGAAGUCGUCG